GCAAAACUCUCCAUUGUGUUUCACUCUGUCUCUCGAGUCUGAACCAUGGAAACCCAUUGUGGCGAUUGCGACGCUGAGCCUCUCGCGAUGGAAAACGAAGAAGAGCCACGGCCAAAAGAGCCUCCCAGAAUCCACCGCCUGAACGAGUCAGUGGUCAACCGCAUCGCGGCCGGGGAGGUGAUCCAACGGCCAGUAUCCGCCGUCAAGGAGCUGGUGGAGAACAGCAUCGACGCCCAUUCCACCUCCAUAAGCGUCGUCGUCAAGGACGGCGGCCUUAAACUCAUUCAAGUCUCUGACGACGGCCACGGCAUACGAUACGAUGACUUGCCAAUCCUAUGCGAAAGGCACACGACGUCAAAGCUGUCAACUUUUGAGGAUUUACAAUCGAUAAAGUCAAUGGGGUUCAGAGGAGAGGCUUUGGCAAGCAUGACCUACGUUGGUCAUGUUACGGUCACAACCAUCACCAAAGGGCAGUUGCAUGGUUACAGAGUAUCUUAUAGAGAUGGUGUCAUGGAGCAUGAACCGAAAGCGUGCGCUGCCGUAAAAGGAACUCAGAUAAUGGUUGAGAAUCUAUUCUAUAACAUGAUUGCUCGGAGGAAGACACUUCAAAAUUCUGCUGAUGAUUAUUCAAAGAUUGUAGACUUGCUAAGCCGGUUUGCUGUUCAUCACAUACAUGUGGGAUUCUCAUGCCGAAAGCAUGGAGCUUCCAGAGCAGAUGUCCACACAGUUGCUACAUCAUCAAGGCUUGAUGCUAUUUGAUCAGUUUAUGGGGUGUCAGUUGCUCGAUCUCUUAUAAAAAUAGAAAAUUCAGACAAUAAUCCAUCUAGUUCAGUUUUCAAGAUGGAUGGUUUCAUCUCAGAUUCAAAUUAUGUUGCAAAGAAGAUAACAAUGGUACUUGUUAUCAAUGAUAGAUUGGUAGAAUGCACUGCUUUGAAGAGAGCUAUUGAAAUUGUUUAUGCUGCAACCUUGCCCAAAGCAUCAAAACCCUUCGUAUAUAUAUCUGUCGUAUUGCCACCCGAACAUGUUGAUGUCAAUGUUCACCCAACAAAGAGAGAGGUAAGCCUUUUAAAUCAGGAAGUUAUUAUUGAGAAGAUACAGUCAGUGGUUGAAUCAAAAUUGAGAAACUCCAAUGAGGCACGGACAUUUCAGGAACAGAAAGUAGAACCAUCUCCAUAUGAUAAAAUGGCUCUGGAUAAGGAUUCUACUUUCAGCCCCUCACAAUCUGGAUCAAAAUCACAAAAAGUUCCGGUGCAUAAAAUGGUUAGAACAGAUUCAUCUGAUCCUGCUGGAAGGUUACAUGCCUACUUGCAACCUAAGCCUCGUGGACCACUUGAAAAGAAUCCUAGUUUGGAUGCUGUGAGGUAGGAUCCAUUUUUGGUUUG